GCAUUAAGACUGCAAUUCUAGUUGGAGGUAUGGCUGCACAGAAGCAAGAACGUGUGCUGAAUCGAAAGCCAGAAAUUGUAAUUGCAACCCCAGGCCGUCUGUGGGAGUUAGUUAAAGAGAGACACCCACAUCUUUCAAAUCUUCGGCAGCUGAGAUGCCUUGUCAUUGAUGAAGCAGACCGAAUGGUUGAGAAAGGUCACUACUUAGAGCUGUCGCAGUUGCUGGAAAUCUUAAAUGAUUCACAGUAUAACCCUCAACGGCAGACUUUUGUUUUUUCUGCCACUUUGACUUUAGUCCAUCAGACUCCCUCCAGAGUUUUACAGAAAAAGAAUGCUAAGAAGAUGGACAAGAAGACCAAACUAGAGUUGUUAAUGGAAAAAGUAGGAAUAAAGGGCAAACCCAAAGUAAUAGACUUAACAAGAAAAGAAGCUACUGUUGAGACUCUGACAGAAACCAGAAUCCACUGUAACACAGACGAGAAGGACUAUUAUCUCUAUUACUUCCUUCUCCAGUAUCCAGGAAGAACCAUGGUCUUUGCAAACAGCAUAGACUGUGUAAAACGCCUGAGUUCUCUCCUCACAAUCUUAAAUUGUGACCCUCUUCCUUUGCACGCCAACAUGCACCAAAAGCAAAGGCUGAAAAACCUGGAAAGGUUUGCUGAGCGAGAGAGCUGUGUCCUCCUGACAACAGAUGUCGCAGCUCGUGGUCUUGAUAUUCCCAAUGUGCAGCAUGUCAUCCACUACCAGGUCCCUCGUACUUCUGAGUUGUAUGUACACAGAAGUGGCAGAACAGCCCGAGCUGCCAAUGAAGGCCUUAGCUUAUUGUUGAUAGGCCCUGACGACUUGAUCAAUUUUAGGAAAAUUUAUAAAACGUUGGAGAAGAGUGAAGAGCUACCAUUUUUCCCGGUUGAAACCAAGUGCAUGACUUCUAUCAAGGAGCGGAUGAAUUUGGCACGGCAGAUUGAGAAGGCAGAAUUUUUCAACAGUCGGGCAAAGCAACAUGACUCCUGGCUCCAGCAAGCUGCAGAUGCUCUUGAGAUUGAUCUUGAUGAUGACAUGUUUAUGGGCAAAAAAGCUAGUGAGCAAGAAGAAAGCCAGAAGCAAAAGAUGCUGAAGGGGAUGAAAAAACAACUAAAACAUAUGUUGUCCCAGCCACUGUUUAAAGUCCUUAUGAAAACCAAGUACCCAACACAGUCUGGAAAACUACUCCUGCCUCAGACAUCAGUGGGCAUUUCAGAAUCUGCUCUGGGUACCAUGUCCAAACAACAAGCCAAGAAGAAGAAAUCAAUAAAAUUAAAUUAG